AGACGUUUUACGGGGUUGUUGUCAAUAGUUGUCAAAAAAACGCAUUGGAAAAAACCUCAAAUUAAAACCCACGAAAGGGCACGUUUUAAGCUAAUUUUGAUCAAAAAUUAAUAAAAAGUCUGUUCACAAUGUCGCCAGGAGCAACAACGACAGUUCCACCCGUAAUUUGGGCACAAAGGAACGACCUCAUUUAUCUCACCAUCAACGUUGAAUGCAAAGAGCCAGAACAUAAAUUCACCGAAAAUACAAUGAGUUUCAAAGGAACCGGCGCAGCGGAUAAUAAACAAUACGAAAUUUCCUUUACAUUUCUAAAGAACAUUAUUCCCGACAAGGUAACCAGGAAGGAUGCAACAAGGUGUGUUGAGUUCACAAUUCCCAAAGCUGAGAGCGGUCCCUACUGGCCCACGUUGACAAAUGACAAGAAGAAGCCCCACUGGCUCAAAGUAGACUUUAAUAAAUGGAAAGAUGAGGGGUCAGACGAUGAGAUGGGAGAUGGGCCUGAUUUCGAUGGCGGGGACUUCGAUGGGGACCUUUCGAAUUUAAUGUUUAAAUCCGACGGCAAGGAUAAGCCAUCCUUUGGUGACUUAGACGACGAAGAAGAUUCAGAUGAUGGAUACCCAGGUCUAGAAUGAACAACUUCCCCCUUUUUUUUCAACUAUCUCGUAUCGUUUUUCAAAGCCACACACUUUUAUUGUGUAAAGAUUCUGGCGAGAUGUAUCAUUAAUCGUAAAAAAAAAACAAUACUGGUAUAAAAAAAAUUCGUAAUGUACAUCAGAAGAGAAUUUUUGAUUUCAAUCGAAUGUUUGGGAUUGGGGUUCCUUUGUAAUAUCCAAUGAUGGAUAUAAUACAACAUUUUGAGGAAUGAUGUACAGGAUAAGGAUAUCAUAAAAUGGUUUGUAGAGAGAUGCAUUAAAAUUUACAAUACGUUACAAUACAUCUCACACAAUAGCCAAAUAAAUUGACCAUUUCGUAAAUUA